AAAAUCAAAUUGUCGAUGAAGAAAUUAUCGAUAGGCGUUUAUCGAUUUUCAAUUUAACGCGCCAAUUUUCCGAAAUAAUUCUGACCAAUCGCAACGCUCCUGUUAUUCGUUUUUCCCUUUCCACCUUUGAAAUUUAAAUUUGAGCGGGAAAUGAAAUUUUGGUGGCUGACAUCUUGCGUGGUGCAUUCAAGAACGUCUUGCGCGACGAAAAGUCUCCGAAUCGAUUUACACGUAGAGUUUUAACUGCACAUAUACACGCAUACAUAUAUGUAUAUAUAACCAAAAAGAUAUAUGUAUAAAGAGAGAAAAUUGUCAGAGUAGGAAGAGAAACGUGGUGUGCCUAGGAGGCUAAGCGACGGCCCUUAGGGUUCGCACAAUUUUUUUAUGUGCAAAGGGUGGCGACAAAAGGGACCGUAUAACGAAGAGGAAGGGAGAAAAAAAGAGAAAAACAGAAACAUUCAAAGAGAGCAAGAGAAAGAGAGUAAGUACAACCACGUGAUAAAAGUAGAAGAGGGAGAAACGUUAAGGGGAAAGGGCUCGGAGGGAAAAGGACAACAGAUGUCCUACUGUAUGACGCACGGGGAUAUUUAGCCUUCAAGAAGAUAGUCGUUGCCUUGUUUCUGCACGUUGCGGAAGUAUAGUGGUUACGAAAAAGAGGCUAAUUUUUUUCUUCUUUCUAUCUCUUCUUCUCUUUCCUUCUUUUCUACAUUUAUUUUUAUCUUUUCUAUCACGCGUGCUGAAACAAGGUUUAUUACAAGGAACUGUACACCAAAUUACGACGCAGUUUUGAAAACAAAAAGGAGGGAAAAUGUCGUUGAAAUAUUAAAGGAUCACAAUCGUUCGAAGAUGUGCGAAAUUUCUAAGAUCCAACGAAGGAUAUUUCGCGAUCAGGAUCCACCACGAAUACGUGACAAAACAACGGAUAAACAAUGUUUAAAAACCGAAGAAGAAUUUUCCAAAUCAACCCCAAAUUCACCAACUGCAUUGCAACAAAGGGCAUCGUCCUCUAGUUUGGAAAAAUGUUUGAGCGAGCCAGAAUAUUUGGAAAAGAAAUCAAAGGACUACGAUGAUCAUACGAGGAUCAAAAUUGAAGAUAAUCGUUCGUCGUUAUCAUUGAAGGAUCAUAAUUUAAUCGAUGAUAAAAGAAAUGAUUCUUCUUUCGGAUCAACGAAUAGGAUUCAGGAUUUCGUUGUCGAACUUUCUACGAAAGUGCCUUCAUCUUCAUCCUCAUCCUCCUCUUCUUCUUCUUCUUCUUCUUCGGUUUGUGAUAAAAAGGUGAUUGGUAACGGUUUAAAAAACGAAUCCUCGGACAGCUGCGAAGUUUUGACGAACGAAAAAAAAAUGGCACCAGUUUUGGGUGUCCCACCACCACCACCACCUGCACCUCAUAUGGGACCUGAUGGCCUAAUUUUACCUAGGAAACCUUACAACCCUUGCCUGACGUCUAACAAUCAUAAAGAUUUACGUAGAGAGUUACUUUUUAAUCAGAAAAUAGGUAGAAACGUGUUAAAUCAAAAAAGCGAAUUACAAAGAGCUUUGGAAAAACAGAGAGAAAAUGCGUCGCGAAAAGAAGCUGAAAAAAUUCGCGAGGAAACGUUUAAGGACGAUCCAAGGACAGCAUUGCAAAGGGCGAUAGAACAAAGAGCUAAACACAUUCAAAUAAUGCAAGAAAAAUCACAACCAAUGAUCGAACCACCAAAUAAUCUUUUGAUAACAGCGAGAGCGAAAUUAAGAACGCGUACAGAUUCCCAAUGAAUUAGGAAUUAAACAUGGACAUUGUUGGAUCGUGUGUAAUACGUGAAUUUAACAACAAACUUUAACUUUAACAAACAAAACAAACGAUAAUAAUUAUUACGUUUUCGUUAUAAUGAAUUUUAAAUAUCAGAUGAUCAAUCUUUUAGAACGUAAUCCUCUGUAUAUAUAGAUAUACAUAAAACUUACAUACAUAUAUAUAUACAAAUACACACACACAUACAAACAAACAUACAUAUAUUCGUAUAUGAGAAUAAUUUUGUUUUUUUAGAAAAGCAGGACCAUAAACUCGCACUCCUUAUAGUCAUAGUUAACGAAAAAAAGAAGUAAGAACCAAACGUCUUAAAAAAAAAAAAAAAA